CCAAAACAAGGGGGCAGACUUGGAGAAAGCUCCAGCCUUGGACUCUCGACCAUCCUAGCUUCGGCUUCCUCGCGCCAUGGGCGUCAUGAGUCACGCCACAUCAAUGGCCACUUGUCCUGCUCCACAGGUGCAGGCAUUGGAUGCCCAAGCUCCUGCCUGCCUUGAGGGUGGCCGGGAGUGUGAAAGCCUUCUUGAACACGCUCAGCUCAAAAGCUUUGCAAAGUCCAUCGACCAAUCUUUGAAGGAAGCCUUGGAAGCGACCAAGACUGCCAGAAAGCGUUUCGAGCGGCGGGUUUGCGAUUAUCGCUAUGCCGAGAUCGAGGACAAAGGCCAAGUUCUUGCGGAUGCUUAUGGUCCCAACGGGCCCAUGAAACCCGGCGGGAGCUACCUCUUUGAGCUCAGGCGUUGGGCAGAUGCUGUGCAAGAGCUCAACCACGAGUGCUCCAAGCGACAGGGCGACGUUUGUGUGAAUCUCCUUUCAUACCUUCGAAACUAUCCACAUGCGGAUCAAGAUGCCAAUGGAGGCCACGGCGUUCUGGGGUCGAAAGUCUACAAUGAGAUUCGCCUGGCCUGCGAGGUGGGGAAGAAAAGGGCGCCUUUGCCCAACGACAGCCCUGUGUGGUGCGACGACAAGACCAAGCUUUGUGAGAGGAGUUCUUGCCGGCACUGGUGGCACGAAGUUCAUCCUUUGAAAGCGAUGCCACAGCCAUGGGUGGAUGAUCGCAUCGAGUACGACCAGCUGAAGAACAUUUGUACAGCUAUUGAACGGCCCCAGAUCAUCCCCCAGGACUUGGACCGCUAUCAGAAGCAGGCUGAGGCAGCUGCCUUGCAUCUGCGUGACGAAUUCUGUACGCCCAAGUGGGUGGAUGGCUACUGCGAAGUCCGAACGCCUCCGAAGGUCCACGCGAAGUGCACCUUGGAGAACGGCCAAUACUGCAAGAAGGGCCUAGUCAAGACCGGCUCAGACGCGGACAUCACUCAGCAGUGGAAGGAUGCGUUCAAGGAGCAUGCGAUCCAGGUCUCGCAAAUGCCGUGGUGGCAAAGUCCCACACACGACCGGAAGCCGCAGGCGCCGCAGACGCAGCGAGCUGCCGAGUUCUUGUAAAAGCAUCCAGCAACCCAGGGCUUGAACUAGGAAAAACCAUGCAAAAGAGAGGGAGAGAGAGAAAGAGACACCGUCAGGAAUUAAGAGGGCCGGUAUGGUCUAGUGACUCUAGUGGCUAUGACGCAUCCCUCGUGCGUCGGAGCGACCAAAGAUCAUCAAUCUACUCGUAUGAACUAUUUUUGUGCGUUUUGUGUCUUCCUUCGGGGUAAGCCCCGACGUGCGGCACCGCAACUUGUGUUCGCGAUGCGACUCCCUGACCCGCGUUUCACUCGUUUCAGAAGCUUCACGACCGGUGCAUUUCUUCGAACAAAUCCUCACUGGAUGAGAAAUACUAUCCGUGGCCAUGCGUUGACUUACCAUUUGUUCUUUCUCAGUUCACCAGCGACACGUCAAUCGACUAGGCCAUUCUUGCAAAGUGACUUUGUGAUCUUUGUGGCUCUAUUCUCAAGCCUGCAAGAGUGGCUUCUUUAGAGAUCUUCACCCAAGACACUCCCCCUGUG